AAAUUUCUUGAAAGUUCGCCAUAUUUAUUACUACAUAGUCAAUGGUUAAAAUAUUUGACAUUUCACAAAUAUCGAGACGAAAUAUCGAAUGUACUAUAUAUUUGUUAUUAUAUUAAUCUUUAAAAUAAAUAACAAUAAAUGUUAUAAAUUAAAAAUAUAUUAAAAUAAAGCUUAAUGUUUGAGAAAAAUGUUUGAAAGUGAUGAUUGGGAUCUUGAUCAGGAAUUCUUGAAUGAUGUAGAUAAUAAAACAAAUAAAUAUUAUUCUCAAAAGGACAAUCAAGAAAGUGAACCUAAAAGACGUAAAAUAGAAAUGAACAAUGAUCUAAUAUCUUGGGAAGAAAAUAGCUUAAACAAAAUUACAAAGAAAUAUGAUGAAAACAAAGAUUUAAGGAAACAUUUAAUUCUUGGGAUAUUUAAUCAGAAUUUACAAAAUAAGAAUGAAUUUAAAGAUGCAUUAAAUGAUCCAAAAAGAACUUGUAACAACGCUUUAUCAAACAUUUCUUUUAAUCAAAUACAAAGCUAUAAAAAUAAUCAAUUAUCUAGGAAAAAUUUAGUACUUGGAAUUCUCAAAAAUCAAACUGCACAGAAUGAAGUUAUAAAAAAUGAUAUAAAGAAUUUAGAAUUAAAACAAACAGCGUCGAAAAUUGAUGAAAAAACAGAAAAUACAUCAUGUAAUAAUGAAAUAAAACAUCAAAUCUCUAAAGCUAUUUUUGGAAUUCAAAAUAGGUCAAGCAAUGAUAAUUCUAACUCAUCUUUAUUUGAGAAUUCAAAACAACAAUUAUUGGAUAAUUUAUUAAAGCAAAAGUCUAUCGAUAAUAUACAAGCCAAAAAUGAUAUUAUAAAAAACAAUUUCUUUGUAUUUAAAUUUCCACAAGUACAGUCUAAUAAAAAGAUGGCACUAGUCAGAAAAUUUCCUGGUCCAGCUGGAUUAUUACCAGAUGAUAUAGACUCUAAUACAUGUGUUUCAUAUUUAAAUAGUUUAGAAGAAAACGAGAUAAUGAAUAAGGAGACUGAUUCAAAUUUAUCUGAAUAUUGUUCUCAAAAUACAAAAGAUUUGUUUACAGAAGGUGCUUGGCAAUUAAUGUUGAAUGAUUUGCCAGAUGAUUUUUUGAAAGGUCAUGAUAUCGCUACAAUUAAACAAAUAGCAAAUAUGACUGGUUUCAAUAGUACAAAAAUUGAAUUUUUGGCAGGAAUAGUAGAACAUAUAGAUUAUAGUCAUGAUAAUCCUCCUAUUGUUUUGAAAGAUUUCACAGACAAUAUUCAUGGGAUUGUGCACAAGAAUAUACCACUUAAAUAUCCUGGUUUAUUAGAAUGUAAUGUUGUUGUCCUAUUACAUGAUGUAGGCAUUUUAAGAAUCUCUGGAACGUGUGUUUCAAAUAAAUACCAAAUUUUAAUUUCACCUUCUAGUUUAUUAGGAAUUUAUACCAGUAAAGGUAUAAUAAAACGUACAGAAUAUAUGGAAGCAAUUUUUGAAAAUAUUUCAAAAAAAAGAACAAAAACAGAAGAAAAAGAUUGUGCUACUGCAAUGACUUUAAAGGUACAUUCAUUAGAAAAUGAUGAUCAAUUCAUUAUGGAAAAUACAUGUAACAGUAAGAAAUCAAUAAAUUUCAAAAUCAAUAUAGAAAAUAGUAAUAAAAAAGAUACAAAUUUUUCUACAAUUCUGAAUAAAACAGACAAGAAUGCAAACGGACCGAUGAAUUUUGAUACUGAUUUAUCUUUUUCAGUUUCUUUCAAUAAAAUUACAGAUUUACAAAAUCAAAAGAAUUUUAAUAGUUCUACGUCCAGAAAUUUAAAAUAUGUCAAAGAAGAAAGUAAAGAACAAAGAUUUAAAAUGUUAUUACCAAAACAAGAUACACAGAAUAACAAUGAAGAAAAAGUUACAGAUUUAUUAAAAUCUAUAAGAAAAUUUGCUCCAAAUACAAGUGAAAAAAAAUGUCUUUCUCACAAUUUCAAACAAAUAAAUACUUCUCCUAAACAGAGUGUAUUUGAUAAAUUAAACAAUAUAUUUUCUGAAAAAGUGGAUAUUGAUAAAUGUUUGGAGGAAACUGCUUCUUCAAUUUCUUAUAAAGAGAUGAAAAGUUCUCCUUUUGUACGAUCUAAAUUACUACAAUUUAAAAAUGUAGAUACAUUAACAUCUCCAAAAAAUUCUGCAUCCAUAGUUAUACUAGAUUCGAAGAAAAUAUGUGAAAAAUUAUCAGAAAAAGAUCUUUCCAAAACUUCAAGUUUUAUGUGUAAUGCAAUUAACAAUAUUGAAAAUGACUCUGACGAUGAAAUGUUAUCUCAAUUAGACAUGGGUCAAUUAGAUUAUUUUCAGUAAUAACAAUAAAAAUUAGAUGUCUUUGAUAUUACAUCAUGGACAAUUUAGUUAUCUGUGAAAAUUGUGAUUGAAGUAAUAAAUAUUCUUAUAUCAAAAAAUUUUGAAAGAUUUUAUAUUUCUAUAAAUUUACAUCACGUUAUUUAAAUGCCACUUUGCAAAGAUAUUUGUAUAUAUUUCAAUUUUUAUAUAAAAAUUAAAUUAAAAAUUAUCUUUUAUUCAAAAGCAUUGCAAAAAUUUUUCAAUAGUGACAUGAUAAUAUAAAACAUAUUAAUGAAAUGACAUAUUAAUAAUUUGAUAAGUAUUAAUUUAUUAUUGAAAUAUUUUAGCUUUUUCAAAUUUAUAUAUGGGUAUCCCAGUUUUUUAAAAUUAAACGUUAUCAAUCUAUUCUAUGAAUCAAAAUAAGUCAUAUAAGAAAUGUUAUAUAAACAUACAUACAUCAUUGCGAAUAUGAAAUAAACGAUAACAGACAUAUGUUACUAUAGUGCAAUAUAUGAAUAGAUCAUGAAUACUUACAUUUAAUGUGUAAUAGUCAUAAAUUGUUAUAAAUUGCAAUUUCAAGAUCUCUUAUUCCAUUAAAUUUUUAUCUCUAAGAAGUUUUGAAGGAUAAAGCGUAUCAAGUGUAUUAAUAUGUGUGACGAACUGAUCUGAAAAAUUAUUCAUUCGCUGAAUUGAAAUAAAAUGAAAAUAAUUUUCAAAGCAUAAAUUCUUUUAUCACUGCCAAUUUUUGAUAGGCAUGAUGAAUAUUUUAAAAUGAAGUUUUAGUUUUAGUAGAAGUAUUAUAAUACCUUCUGACAACUAUUAAAUAUAAGUUUUCCAUAUGUAUCAUUUAUUCAUACAUAUAUAUGCAUAUUGUAGUAAUGCAAGUUCAUUACCUGAUCAUUGUCUAUUUCGGAUAUCUUUUCUUUGUAAUAAUUAGAUUUCAUGCAGUUUUAUAUUUUUAUACACAUAAUUAGGCAAAUAGAGACAUAAGUAGAUAUUUGUUUCCUCUAUUAAAUAUACCUUAUUCUCGAUAUUUUAUAUAUUUUUAUAUGUAUACUGUUUGUACUUUCUGCGUUUUUGCAUAUUUAAAUUUUUCAUAAAUGCAUAAAAACCCGUAGAACCAUGUUUGCAAUAUCUUUUUCUUACUUUUUGUUUUGUUUAAGAUGUACAUAUUUCACUACUACAAAAUUACCAAUUAAAAAUAAGAUACUAAAUUGUUGCUGUAUCAUUGCAGCAUUGAAUAUUCCAGGUAUUAUUGUUUCAUAAUUCAACAUUCUCCAUGAUUAAUUUUCAGAUAAAAGAUGCUCUAUAAACGUAAUUAGUAGCUUUAACAAACAAAACAGAAUAAAAAUGGUAAUUACUCUUUUUUUGAUAAUAAAUCACAAUAUCCAAUUGUAAAUCGAUAAUUAUCGGAAGAUUCUUUAAAAACAAUUCAAAAUAUCAAUUAUAUUAUAUAUUUUAUGAUAUAUCAAGCUAAUUAUUUUUUAUUUGAAUGUUUCGAAUUUAUGAAAAUUUCGUCGAAAGAAAGGUAGCGAAUGAAAUAUAUAAGCGAUUAGAUACUUUGAGAGUAUUCGAAUAUAGACUUGCAUCAGCAAUGAUCUCAAUUUUGCUGACAUUAGCCUGGAUAUCAGCCUUCGCUGUUCAUAAGCGUAGGAUCAAUGAUCCAGAAUUGUUAUAGGUGAGAUCUUUAUAUCAUGUACGCCAAUGGGAAUCUAUUAAAUCAACCUUGAUAUGCCCUGAUUAUCCGAUAGUAGGCAUCUAGGCGUGUGAUUAUGAAGUAAAAUUUACUUGUAUUAGUUAUGUGAGAUAACUGCGUUAUGAUAAAGUUAUACAUAUAAGCAUUUAUGAGUGAAUGUAUGCUAAAUAAUAACUAAUUUGCAAUUAUACGAUUCGUUAAUUAAAUCAAUCAAUAACAAAAUAAGAAAAGAACAAAUACAAUAUAUACAAUAUAUCACCUUGUCGUGAUACAAUAUAUACAAUACAAUACAUUGUCGCGAAUAGUGAAAAUGAUGCUCCAUUUUACUUUGGAUCUUAAAGAUUCACUCUUUCCUCUUUCAUUUCUUUUUUUCAUAACUGAGUUCACCGAAAAUAUUUAAGAAUUUUUAUUUAAAUUUUUUUCUUUGUAUUAUGAAAAUAAAACAUUUUCAUUAUACUUUACCUGAAAAAUGUUUUUCUAUAUGCUAAUCCCAUUAUUUUGAUAGAUUUUAUGUUUAAAUAAAAUAAAAUGUUUAAAUUAAAUAAAAUUUAGUCAUUAGUUAUUUUUAAUCUCGUUUUCAGUAUAACAAAAAAUUCCAUCCAAUUACAUAUUUACAUAAAAUUUCAAAUAGAAUCAUAACAAUUUAAAAUGACAGUCAAAAAUUUUUACAGUCUUAUUUUAUAAUUAUAGAAUAAUUUGUGGUUUUUCAAAUAUAUAUGGAUAAUUUUUUAAGAAUGUUUCUUUCUUCAUCCUCUUAACUUUAGUAGUUUGUGAUUUUUUUUUUUUAAUAACGUAUAGUUUAAAACAUAUAUGUGUGUAAGUAAUAUUUCAUUACUUAUACUGAGCAUAUGUGUUUAGCAUAUGUAUUGUUAUGUUCCUGCACAACAUAAUCUGCACUAUACAUAAAUUUAAAAGGAUGCAUAGUAAUUUAUUAAAGGGGAGAGUAAUCUUAUGUAUGCAGAACAGAUAAUACAACACAUUCGUAAAAAAAAUAUCUAUUUUGCUUAGUAUUGCCAUAAUCUGUUCUCAAUUGACUGUGAUUUUUAUAAAUACCUUCAGUUGAUUGAUUGAAUAUUUUAUUUUUGUAUAUAUUUUACAUAAGUGACUGAUUGUAUAAAUCAGAGGUGUUUCGUACUUUUUUCGGUAAAAUUGUAGGAGCAUAAUCUAUAAGUGAAAAUGAAAAAGAAUGUUAUAUAAAGUUUGUUUAUAAAUACUUUGUUAUACAGCAAAUUUUGAAUAUAGUGUGAAUACGUCUGUACCUAUAAGAUAUUUCUUAAUGUAUAAGGAUCGUAAAUUGUCAUUUUAAAAUGAUCAUCUUUUGUAUUAACGCAAGCUUGAUAUAAUAUAGAAUUACUAUGUCUUAAAAUAAAAUUUGUCUCAACAAUUGACUUAUUAAUUCAUUGAAUUAAUUAUUCACGUGUACUUGCUGCAAACAAAAUUUUUGAUUUCAGAGAUUUCAAUAAGUAGAUAUCAGAAAGUAUGGUAAUCAAACUUCAAAUCAAUUCAAUGUUCAAUAUUUUUCUGCAACUUCGUAAUAAUAAAGCGUUUAGAAAUAAUCUUUAUAUAACAUUUUUUCUUAUUUUCACUCAUUUGGAUUAUGCUCCUAUAGUUUUCCCGAAAAAGUAGGAGCAUAACAUUCUGUAUUUCCUUUAUUCCGACUUUUUAAUAAAUAAAUAAAAUAAAUUUUAUAGGAAAUAA